GCCCUCCCCGUUCACAUGGAAACCAGCAGAUCUCUUCAAACACGCUGGUGGGAGCUGUCAGGCCAAGACCCGCUGCUAUUGCUGAAAACCCUCCAGCUUCUCUGGACAAAGAAAGAGAUGAAGAAGCAGCUCAAGGAAGAAAUCAGGCGGGGCUUCGCAGGACUGGAGGACCCAUUGGCGGGACUGCUGGACAUGCUGGAGAGCAGCAGUGAUUGGAAAGGGAAAGGGCAUUCCCUCGGGUAUUACAUCAGCAGUGAGCUGCAGCUUUGGAUGAAAGAGCAUCCUGCUGUUCAACAGUCUGGCACGAAGCUGAAGAAGCUGCAGGCCCGUGCAUUCAGAAUACUAGAGCAGUGCCCAGCUAAUCUUCUUGACCCUCUGAUUAGCAUUUACCAGCUCCAUACAGCAGACCGGAACUAUUUGCUUGGACAUGUCAGUCAUCUUUAUCACAGGGGCGAUUACAAAGAGGCAGCCAUCCUGAGCAUUAAGCUAAAACUGCAGCCAGAUCAAGAUGUGGAGAAGAUGUGUGCACCGCUGCUGUUUCAAGAUAAAAUUAACCUGGUUGAAGACUAUGUGGGAGAACAUCCUGAGCUCCAGUGCAGACUCAUACAGAUCCUGGACACCUGGUGUGAACCUGACUUUAAUAUCAGAGACGUAGCAAGACAAUAUCAAGGCCUGUCCAGGUACAAGCCAGAUAAACUGAACCGCAAAAUGCUAAGCAAGCUGAUCUUCAGACUCCUGGACCGAUUUAACGUAGAUCCAGCUCUCUGUCCUAAUGUCAUAAAUCAGCGGCACUUGAGAACUCUGAAUUAUCUCUUUUACAAGAGGUUUGUGGAGAAAACCAUGACUCAGGAGAACUGGGCAGAUCACGUUCAGAGCACGGUUGGAGAGAAUCGCUGGCUGCAGGGGCACCUGAUGGAGCUGCUGCUCAGACACUGCGAUUUGAGCACAGCGGCAAGAUGGGCACAACGCUGCAAUCUGCCCGAGGAGAUGCUGCCUUCUGAAGUGGCUGAUGAGCUUCAAAAGCUUGAGAUGCAAGAGAGGGUAGAAGAGACAACCAAAGAAGAGAAUUACAAAGAGGUUAAGAAGAAGGAUUAUUACCAGCUUCCUAUUCCACGUGCAAAUAUUCACUUAUUGCAGAAUUGGGACGAGAUGAUGCAGUGCUGGGAAAAGGUGCUGAAGCCUGGGCAGGUUGUUGGCAUUGACAUGGAGUGGAGGCCUUCGUUUGGCAUGGUUGGGAAGCCCCGCGUCUCCCUCCUUCAGCUCGCCGUGAGGGAUGAGGUGUUCCUGCUCGAUUUGCCACGGCUCCUUGAGCAAGCUGAACUCAAGGACGAGAAGGAGAAGCUUCCCCAUUUCAUCCAGAUGCUCUACUCAAAUGCAGCCAUCACUAAACUAGGUUAUGGGAUGUCUGGAGAUCUCAGCAGUCUUGCAGCCACAUGCUCUGCUUUGAAAGGCAUGGAUAAGCAGUCACAAAGUGUAGUGGACCUACUCACAAUAGACAAACUACUGCAGAAGAGCUCCAUUGACUGGAAGAAGGGCGGCCUGAGGGUCGAUGUGCUGCCCCCAGAGCAGAGCUGUGAGGAUGGAGAGCUCAGGCAGCCGGAGAAAGGGCUGAGCCUCCUGGUGCAACACGUCCUGGGAAAACCACUGGACAAAACAGAGCAGAUGUCGAACUGGGAGAAACGGCCGCUGCGGGAGGAACAGAUCCUCUAUGCAGCUUCAGAUGCAUACUGCUUGCUGGAGGUCUACGAGAAACUGUGUAAGGACCCAGAAAGCUUUGGUCUGAGUUCAGACCUGACUGAGAGUCUGGUGAGAAAACCAAGUGUAAAACCCAGGGCAAAGAAGCACCUGAAUAAACAGGAGGUACCAUCACCUUCUGGACAGCAAUGCAAAGGAUCUGACAGAGAGACCCCACGUCCCCCUGCUCCCAUCUCCCCAAAAGAGUUCAGCGUGGUCUGUGACAACAUGCUGCAGGGCCUUGGGCGCUAUCUCCGCUGCCUUGGGGUGGACGUCCGGAUGCUGGAGAAUGAGGAUGACCAUAGGAAAGCUGCUGAGAUUGCCAGACAGGAGGGAAGGGUCAUUUUAACCUCUGGACUCCCAUUUCAGACUCUGCAGUCCCAGGUUGGGGAAGGAAGGUGCUUCUCCGUGAACUGCUCGGGGAAGGCGAAGGAGCAGGCGCUGCAGGUGCUGAGACACUUCAACGUCCGUGUGACGCUGGCGGACAUCUUCAGCCGCUGCCAGGUGUGCAACUGUGACAAGUACCUGAAGGUCCCGAAGGAGAGGAUGAGGCAGCUGGUGGAGGGCAGCAGGCGCUCAAUGGGGGACGGCAGCUCAGGCUGCCCCACAUCGGACCAGGAGCCGCCGGGCCGGACCUGCAGCGCUGCUCAGCCCAGCAGCACCGCACCGGGGAGCACGGGGCCGUGGGGAGCAGACGUGGGGCUGGUGGGGAGCACGGCCCUGCAGGUGGCCGCCAUCCCCCCCGGGGUGCUGGACAAAGCUGAGCUCACUGACUUCUACUGCUGCACCCGCUGCGGGAAGGUGUUCUGGGAAGGGUCUCAUUUUGGACGCGUGGUCUCACAGUUUCAGGACAUUCUUGUUACCACGGGGGAUGAGCAGCGUAUCUACGAGCUGAACUGAGGGCAGCACGGGGAUGGGAUGGGAUGGCAGCAGGAUGGGGGCUGCAGGGAUGCACAGCCCUGUGAGCUGGGGCAGAUCUGUGGGGAGUGGGCGUGGGUUUGUGGAAAGCGGGCUCAUGUUUUGGGGUCUGUGGGUGGGAGGCUCUCACAUUUGCACUGAUGUGGUGACAGUUGGCAACGUGGCCUCCAUGGGAACAUUAAAUCAGAGGCACCUGGGGAACGGACCUGUUGCUUUAUUUCUGCCCUUCCCCAGGCUGGGCAUGGCAAGAGGAUGGCAGAGCUCUCCUAAAUGCCACCAGGUGCUGCUGACCCCAUGGCACCCAUUGGGGCCCAGCACACUCACCCCCCUGGUGAGGUGUGUCCCUGUCCAGCAAAGCCCCUCUGCUCCCCAUGGGAGGAUCACUGAAGGUUUCUGCUCCGUCCCCCCUUCCAGCUGCUGCCCCCAAGACCAAGAAAGCACCUCCAGCACUCAGUGUGCUCUGUGGGUAUGGGACACGAUCAGGGUGAUGCCACCCUGUGUCCCACAGCUCUGGGCACUGCUGGCUGCUGCAUCCCGGAUGGGUUGAAAGCACCACCCUGUAACAGAGGAGCAUUUGCAAAUUCCUCCCCUAAUCCCAGUUAACUGCCAGGCACUGAUGUUAUUGCUAACAGGGCCCGAGGGGCUCUUGGCUUAAGUGUGUCAUUUAUGGGCCAGCAAAACGCCUGCCCGGGCAGCUUACACUGCAGUGCUGAUGCUCUCUCCCUCUCCAAAAGCUCAUGGCCAUGCAAUGCUGAGGGCUCCUUCCCCUCAGGGACAUCACACCCAAUGCUUCUCCCCCCCCCGGUGGUCCCUGUGUCAGAAGGGCACCGAGGUGGCUCCCACAGCCUCACACACUGUGCUCCCUUCCUCUCCUCCGUGCUGUCAGUGCAGGUGCCCAUCAGCCCUCCCCAGCAGUCCCUGCUUUGCUUUGUCAUGGUGAAAAUGUUUCACAUCAUUUUCAAGCAAAUGAGAGCAGAGAGGAUCAGGACACCCCCACCACAGCCUGUGCCACCCCUCUGUCCCCAUCACCAUCAGUGCAGCACCUGCAGGACUGUGCCCAUGGACGCCUGGCCUCACUCACCAUUCGCUGCCAUGUGAGCUGGUGCAGCAGUUGUGUUUUGGCUGCACGCACACUGGCUCUAAGAUCUAAGCUCACUUCUCCUCCCAGUCUGUCUCUGGGGGGUCACAAGGCAAAGCCCCAUUGCUGACACACAGCCAGACAUGCCCAUGCCUGGCUGCUGUCACCAUUUUGCCUCUCCCAGCUGUGAAGGAGGGCAGUGCUCCACACAGGGUCACAUCCUGCACAGCCACAUUGGUUUCCUUUAAUUCCCUGUCCCCAGGUGUCCCCAGGGUCCCUCAGCCCCUCCAUGCUCCUCGGACACCUGGGAGCUGUUGGCUGCUCUCCCCUGGGGCUCACCAACAGAAGCUGCUCUGUUUUAGCAGCAGUUUUCCCAGGUACCUGCAUGGCCCCAUGUGAGCUCUGGCUGCUUCCCCUGGGCUGUGCCAGGCAGGACGGCUGCUGGACGCUGCCACAAAGGACAGUCCCCACAUGGGCCAUGUCACCUCCAGCCAUGCAAUGUGCUGGGAAUUACCUCUCCUAAUGGGAUUAAAACACCUUCUGCUCUUGCCCUCAGCCAUCAUCAUUUUUCUAUCGAUUCUUACAGCUUCCCACUCCGUUGUCUGCAUUUUUUAUUUCCUUUCUUUGCACAACCUCAAGGAAUUGUGUUUCAUUUCCUGGUUUCCAGCCCUGCACUCUCUUUCUAGGUGCUAACACGUUUUUUCUUAAUUCUCUCUUCAGCUGGAAUCGAAAUUUCCUCUUCUCUUUUACCCCAAGGUCACUUUGCAGCAGUUGUGGCACAGCAGCCGGCAGGACGUCGCUCUGUCGGGUUGGGCACCAAGGGCUGAGCACAGGCAGCUGUGCAGCACCAAGUCUGCCCACAGCACGAUGUGACCCCGCGUGCUGUGCUGGGUGGGUGCGGGGUGCUGCCCGCUGUGCCCUGCGGCAGAGGACGUGGAGGUGCAGUGAGUUCAUCCCCAGGCAGGGCCAGCAUCAAACUGCCGAGCAGGGCCGGCCUUGAGCAGCAUCCAGGAAGCAAUAAAUCGUCCGGUUUUCAAUGGUGGAGAUGGAUCAAAGAGAGUGAAGCUGGCUUUUUAAUCAGCCUGCAAUAUUGUUUCCCUAUCUGGCUUCUUUGGAAAUAAAUAAAUAAAUAAAUAAAUCAGCAAACCGA